UAAAUUUUCUACAUAACCUCGUUGUAUAAGCGCCGGAUCUUCUUCAUCAAAACAAUAAUAUAUAGUGAUUUAUAUUGUCCUUGAAUAACCAGCUAUUUAAUUAAUAGACCAAAUAGGAAAACAUUGACAACGACCCGGUAUGACGUGUUAAUAGAUAUAACAUAGUAUAAUACAAAGUGUCUGUGAUAAGACACAUAUAUAAAAUUUUAUAUAUAUACAUAAGUAGGGAAGAUGAAUUCUAAAGCAGUAUUUGCUAUUUUAAUGGUCUACAUUGGCUGUGGGCUAAACAAUGUAUUUCUAGAGUACCUAGUCAGAUCGGAUCCAGGAUGUGGACACUUGAUCACAUUUCUGCAGUUCCUCUUUAUUGCAAUUCAUGGAUUUAUUAUGACAUCCAAGUUUGGAACAGUUCAGCCUAAGAUUGGUAUGACAGCCUACUUCAAACUAGUCGUAUUCUUUUUUAUUACUAGUGUAUUUAAUAACUGGGCAUUUAGCUUCAACAUCCCUGUACCACUGCACAUGAUAUUCAGAGCGGGAUCUCUAAUUGCCAAUAUGAUUAUGGGCAUCAUCAUACUGAAGAAGAAGUAUGCUGCCUCUAAAUUUAUCUCAGUUGCAAUGAUUACUGCUGGCAUUAUUAUUUGCACAUUCAUUUCAAGCAACACACCUACUGUUUGCAACAAUUGUGAUGAGACAGCUAAAAUUCAAUCAACAGAAGAUUCUAAUGAUUUUUUCUGGUGGAUUGUGGGCAUUGUCAUCUUAACUUUAGCACUAUUACUCUCAGCAAGGAUGGGAAUAUUCCAGGAAUCACUGUACAAAGAACAUGGCAAGCAUCCAAGUGAAGCUCUUUAUUAUACUCAUCUUCUGUCACUUCCGUUGUUCGUGUUUUACGCUCCCAGUAUUUACGAGCACUUUGGUGUAAUGAUUGGCAGCGAACCAUACCAGGUACCCAUGCUAGGCAUCACUAUUCCUCUGCUAGUCGUCUAUAUGGUCGGUAAUGUGUUGACUCAAUAUUUAUGUAUUAGCUCCGUAUAUGUAUUAACUACCGAAUGCACCUCUUUAACUGUGACUCUGGUAGUGACUUUGAGAAAAUUCUUGUCAUUGAUUUUUUCCAUAGUCUAUUUCAACAAUCCCUUCACUGUUGGCCAUUGGUUCGGCACAGCUCUCGUAUUUGUAGGCACUUUAAUAUUCACAGAGGUGUUCCAGAAAGCCUCACAGUCGAUUGCCAAGAAGCAAAAGACAAACUAAACCAAAUCGCUUUAUUUAUUGUCUUUAAAAUAAAUUAGUCACAUAAAACGGAACGAAAAGAAAAACCAAAAAAAAAUACAAAAUAAAGACAUAUAUAUAUAUAUUAUAUCACAGUAUAAAGAAACGAAAUACCAAAAGAAACAUGUUUUUUUAAAUAUCAACGACUAGUAUUCAAAAAUAAUACAAAAAAAUAUUUUAUAGUGUAUUACCUAGCAUUGGUGGGUAAACUUUUAAAUUGUAUAAUUAUUGAAAUUGUCUGUCAGCUUGUUAGUCGUGUGUUAAGGUUUAAUGUAUUGGAAAAAGUAUAAUAGUUAUGCCGCUGAAAAUGAGAACGUAUUAAAAAGGCAUAGAGCCUGUCUCAAGUGAAUACGUCUUUGAUAUUCUGGAACUGGCGAAUAGCCAAGUCGACGGGCAGGUCGAAUUUGUAUUUACUUAACGUAUCCAAGCUUUGUAAUCCAUCUUGGAACCCUGCAAGGAAUCAAAAAACACAAUUAGAAAUAUAUGAGUUACUGUUGUUCAUUA